AUGAAAUUCUCAAACGCAAUCUCGUUGCUUAUGGCGGCAGCUUCGCCUGCUCUUGCCCACUCGACUCGCACGACUGAGCACAACGCUAUCGCAGCUCGUCAAGCACACGUUCCCCGCGGUCUCGUGGAUGUUUGUGUCGGUCUCGAUGUUGACCUCGACCUUCUUGAGAUCCUCGGCACCCCUUUGAUUGUCGGCCAUCUCGACGUCUGCUUGUGUCUCUCCCUCCUUCCCGAUUUCGUCCAGUCCAACUCUGUCUGCCAAGACGCUUCCAAACAGGUCGGCCAGGUCAAGACCCAAUCCCUCCUCGAGAGCAUGAUCAACAACAGCACCAGCAAGCAACAGUGCACGUUCCCCGAUCACGCCAAAUCCAUCUGUUCCGCCUCCGCUCCCUGUAACUUCUCUUGCGAGGACGGCUACGAAGCUACCUACGCUGAUGGCCAAUCUUCAUCGAACUCUUCCGCCGUCCCUACCGGUUGCGGAUGCCCCUCUGGAAAGACGGAAUGUAACGGACAGUGCGGCGAUUUCCCUAACGGCUGUGGUUCAUCUACUGCCACUACCCGUCGUCGUCGUUCCAACACCCCCGUUUGCUCAAACGGAAUGACCGUCUGUGGUGUUACCGGUGGAAAGAGGACUGGCUGGGAGUGCGUUGACACCGCUUCUGACCUCGAGUCUUGCGGCGGUUGCGCUAUUGCCUCUCCCUUCGAUACUCCCUCCACUCUCGGCGUCGACUGCUCCGCCAUCCCCAACGUCGCCACCGUCUCCUGCCAAUCGUCGAAGUGCCUCGUCGAGCAAUGCGUUGAGGGCUUCUCCGUCUCCUCGACAAGCGACUCCUGUGUCCCGAUCUCCGCCCGCGACCUCGUUGGUGCUGAUGUCGUUGAGGGGCUUGCUGCCAACGUCGGUGGCUUGGUCGGUCUCCAGGAGGGUGCCGUUGGUGAUGUCCAUGUCGGACGUGAUCUCCUUGACGCCGGUAUCAUCGAGGGUGCUACUGCCGAUGUUGCUGGUCUCGUGGGUGUUUCCGAGGGCGCAGUCGCUUCCGCACAUGUCGCCCGUGACCUCGUCGGUGCGGACGCCGAUGAAGGCCUCGUCGCUGGUAUCGGUGGAUUGGUCGGUCUUCAGGAGGGUGCCGUUGGAUCCGUCCACGUCGGUCGCGACCUUGUUGGUGCUGAUGUUGUUGAGGGCCUCGUCGCGAACGUUGGUGGUUUGGUCGGACUGAAGGAAGGUGCCGUUGGUGAUGUCCACGUUGGACGUGAUCUCCUCGACGCCGGCCUCAUCGAGGGCGCUACCGCUGAUGUCGCUGGUCUCGUGGGUGUUUCCGAGGGCGCUGCUGCUUCCGCACACGUUGCUCGUGAUCUCCUCGAUGCCGGUCUCGUAGAGGGCUUGACGGCUGAUGUCGCUGGUCUCGUGGGUGUUUCCGAGGGCGCUGCUGCUUCCGCACAUGUCGCUCGUGAUCUCCUCGAUGCCGGUCUCGUAGAGGGCUUGACAGCCAACGUUGGAGGGCUUGUUGGAUUGACUGAAGGUGCUGCUGCUGGCGUUCAUGUUGCUUAA